CUUAGUGCAUCGAUUUAGAGAGAGAAAAAUAGUCAGUUGUAGAGAGAGAAUCACAAACACAAUUUUAAAAAUUAAAUAAUUAAAUUAUGUCAAACCGCAACCAUAAAGAAGAAGAAGAAGACGAGGAGCAGCAGCAGCUUCAAAGCUCCGCCAGUAAACGGCUAAAAUGCGCCAAACAUCAACAACAACAGCAAAACGACGACGUAGACGACGAAGAUUAUGAUGAAGAGGAAGAAAUGGAGAAUUUUCCAUUAGAAGAGACAGUCCCGGGGCUUUUAUUCUGUCCAAAUACGCCAACUUCUAUUGUCGUUUCGGACGCUCUUGAUCCUGAUUUUCCUAUCAUUUACGUCAAUAAAGUCUUUGAAAUCUUCACCGGUUAUCGCGCCGAUGAAGUUCUCGGUCGGAACUGUCGAUUCUUACAAUACCGGGAUCGUCGUGCUCAGAGACGGCAUCCUUUGGUGGAUCCGUUUGUCGUCUCGGAACUUAGAAGAUGUCUAGAGGAAGGUGUUGAGUUUCAAGGGGAGCUUCUGAAUUUCCGAAAGGAUGGUACUCCGUUGAUUAACAGCCUGAGACUUGCACCGAUUCGUGAUGAUGAUGGUACUGUCAUUCAUAUAAUAGGUAUUCAAGUGUUUUCGGAAGCGAAAACAGAUUUAGAUCGUAUUUCUUAUCCGGUGUUUAAAGAGAAUUGUAACAUGACAAGUGAUGGAGGGGAUAAAUAUUUUCAUAUGAGUGAUCCUUCACCAUUUGCGCAACAUCAGGAGAUGUGUGGGAUACUUCAAUUGUCUGAUGAAGUAUUGGCGUACAACAUUUUGUCGCGCUUGACUCCGAGGGAUGUUGCAUCCAUUGGAUCUGUUUGUACUAGGAUCCGCCAGUUAACGAAGAAUGAGCAUGUGAGGAAAAUAGUGUGCCAAAAUGCUUGGGGAAGAGAGGUUACUGGUGCUUUAGAGGUGAUGACAAAGAAGUUAGGUUGGGGGCGUCUGGCUAGAGAAUUGACGACUCUUGAGGCUGUGUGUUGGAGGAAACUGACGGUGGGAGGAGGAAUUGAGCCUUCACGGUGCAAUUUCAGUGCGUGUGCAGCUGGGAAUAGACUUGUUUUGUUUGGAGGGGAAGGAGUUGAUAUGCAGCCUAUGGAUGAUACUUUUGUUCUUAAUCUUGACGAUGCAAAUCCAGAGUGGCGGAGGGUGAGCGUAAAAUCAUCGCCGCCUGGUCGUUGGGGCCACACUCUUACUUGCCUCAAUAGUUCUUGGUUAGUUGUAUUUGGAGGAUGUGGAAGGCAGGGGUUGCUCAAUGAUGUAUUUGUUAUCGACUUGGAUGCCAAGCAACCAACAUGGACGGAAGUUUCCGGUGGAGCUCCACCCCUUCCUCGAUCUUGGCAUAGUUCCUGCACAAUAGAAGGCUCUAAACUGGUGGUCUCAGGUGGAUGCACAGAUGCUGGAGUACUUCUGAGCGACAUGUACCUACUGGAUCUCACUAUAGACAAGCCAAUGUGGAGAGAGAUACCAACUUCGUGGACUCCUCCAUCUCGAUUAGGGCAUUCACUCUCUGUCUACAGUCGAACAAAAAUUCUCAUGUUUGGUGGCCUUGCCAAGAGUGGACACCUACGAUUGAGAUCCGGCGAGGCUUACACAAUUGAUUUGGAGGACGAAGAGCCACAAUGGAGGCAACUAGAUUGUACUGCAUUCACGGGUGUGGGCAGCCAGAGUAUAAUGGUUCCUCCACCGAGACUUGAUCAUGUUGCUGUGACUAUGCCUUGUGGGAGGAUUAUAAUCUUUGGUGGUUCCAUAGCUGGACUGCAUUCUCCUUCUCAGCUUUUCUUGUUAGAUCCUUCCGAGGAGAAACCGACAUGGAGGACUCUCAAUGUUCCAGGUCAGCCACCUAAGUUUGCAUGGGGCCACAGCACUUGUGUGGUUGGAGGUACUAGAGUAUUGGUAUUAGGCGGUCACACAGGAGAGGAAUGGAUACUAAAUGAGUUACAUGAAUUGUGCCUAGCCAGCAGGCAAGACUGAAGAUGAAGAUGCGCAACCAGUCACUCAACAAGCAUGCACAUUUUUCCAGAAAAUCUUGCUCUACAAACCGACCAACUGUUCGACAGUGUUUGAGGUUCGACUCUUUUCAGUAUGGAUGCAUGGUUCUGUUGUGCAUUGCGUAUUAACUUAUUACUGGGACAGCAGCAUCCUAUAGCAUAUUCGAGUGUUUGAAUGCACGUGGUUUGUUUUUAUAUUCCUUCGUGACAGUCUACGCUCAGUCGAAAGCUAUGAAACGAGUCUGCGGUAGUUCAAAACUGGAAUAUUUUUGUAGUCAUUGCAUACCAGGACAAUUAUAUGUAUUUUUGUUUUGUUUUGAAGUUUCAAAAGUACCUUAUCUAUGCUUUAUUUUAAAAUAUAAGAAACUGUAGGUUGGUGAAUAUGAAAUUUUAGAGUCUAAAUAGAUUUGAAUUUCUUA